AUGAACCCCGGCGCCUUGAAGGUGAUGAGUACGACCGCCAACAUCAGACAGUUGCUUCGUUCCUUCAAAAACGCUAUUCCCGAAACCCAGAGACAAGCUAUAGAAGAUCAUUUGGACGAGUAUGUUACUGUUACGCUAGCACGGAAUAACGCAGUGGUCCACUACAAUUCGUCGAUCCAGCUGUUGCUGGAAGCACAGCACGCCUACGAUUAUUCCAAGAGCCAAGCCAAUCGUUUAGGCCAAAGAAAACUGCAGCUGGAUCCGUACAUCCCUGCAAUUGUUUUCUGGCUCCGCAGCACACGGAAUAAUAUCAGGCUUGAGUUGAUGCAGCGGUUGAACUAUGAGAGCCGGGCAAUCCGAUUCUGGGGCCUGCAGAAAGAGCUUGAUUUCAUGAGCCCAGGACCACUUCAAUCUGCGCUGCAACUAAAGCAGGGCCAGUCAAAACUUGACAACGCUUUCGAGGAGUGUCUCAAUAGCUGGGCUGGUCACAUACGCGUGACGUGGCCAAGGAACCAGAAUGACAAAGGGUUAUUCUAUCGACUCAGCAGUACAGAGUUGGUAUCCCUGAAGCGUCGCGAAAUCAGCCAUGACAGCACAAAAGGCAUAUACACCGUGUCCAUACGACUAGAGCCAGGCGCAGCUCCAUUUGGUUCUGGACGUGCGGAUGUUAGGAUCAACCAAGUACGCCUAUGGCUUCUAGGGGUGAGAGUUGACGAAGAUGCCGUCAAACGUCGACCGCUCAUGGUGAACGUCACUCAUAUGGGAAAUGAAACCUUUCAAGACACUAACAGACUCGAUUACCAUUUCUCGCACGACAUGGUCCACAUCCCGUUUGUCUAUAACACUGCGAAGGUGCAUUCCACCGACGACUUUACUUCUAGUGCGGUUUUCAGUCGACAGGCGAUUGAAAGCAAUUGGAGCGGUGGUGAUACCAAGCCAACUGAGUCAACCUUUGCUGCUAUAGGUCCGUUUACCGAAUGGCGCUUUUCGAUACGAGAGGCAGAGAAUAAAGGACUACAAAUGGGAGGGGUCUCGGCAGGGUAUGUUGAGUUUUGUGGGGCGAAUCGUGGAUUCUCAGUCACGUAA